UGGGACAGGGUGGGUUUGGGGAGAUUAAAGACAGGGGGCCCCCCCAAAGUCCUCCCCCCCUUCCUGCUUUGUGUAACGGCAGCGACGCGUUUCCUGCCCCCCCCGGGAAUUAAAAAUGGUUGGAAUUACGCAACGAGGGCGGAGGGUUCGGCAGCGGCAUCCAGGGAUUCCGGAAAGGCGGAAUCCGGGCCGGCUUCGGGGUGUCCCCUGCGUCCCCUCCAAAUCCCUUAUUGGCCCCCCCCCUCAGAGGGAUUUAUUGGGGCGUUUCCUGCCCCCCCCCCGCCCCCAGGGAUUAAAAAUGGUUGGAAUUACACAAUGAGGGAUCACGGGAUCCCGGGAUAGCGGGAUCGGUGGGUAGCGGGAUCGGGGUUUUGGGGUGGCCCCCGUGCCCCCCCAGAUUCCCCCUCACGACGGUGUGGGAGUGCAUUUCUGCCCCCCGCCCCCCGAAUUAAAAAUGGCUGGAAUUGCACAACGAGAGAUCACGGGAUUCCGGGAUUGUGGGGUUGGGGUGCCCCCUGUACCCCCCACCUCACUGAGUUUCCCCGCUUAGGGUUUUAUUGGGGCGUUUCCUGCUUUCCCCCACCCCGAGAAUUACAAGUAGUCGGAAUUACACAAUGAGGCCGGGGGGGUUCAACAGUGGGAUCGAGGAAUUUUGGGAUCAGGCCCUCGCGUGUGGAGGCAUCGCAGGCGGCUCCUCACCCCCGCCAUGGACUGGUUCCACUGCAGCCGCUGCUUCCGCCAGGAUGGCGCCCGGUUCGCCAUCACCAACUGCGGCCACAUCCUGUGCGAGGGCUGUGGGGGCACAGGUCCCUGCCCCGUCUGUGCCACCGCCUGCCGCUACCUGCCCCUAUCCCAGCAGAUGCGCCCGCAGGAGAAGGUUUUCUUCAAGAGCCCGGUGGCCAUCGCCCUCAAGCACCUUGCCCACGUCACGCAGGUGUGGCGGUUCCAGCUGGCACAGGCGCAGCUGCUGCUGGACUUGCAACGGGACCGAGCUCGGUGGGCGCAGGCGGAGCUGGAGAAGGCCAGAGAGGAGCUGGGGGAGAGGAGGAGGGAGCUGGAGUCACUUCGUCGGGAGAACGCGGAGCUGCGCCGCAUUCAGCUCUCCCCGGGCUGGCGCUGGAGCAGCCACAGCAGCACUGCCCGUCCCUCCCCCACACAGUCAGUCACCCCCCAGCCCCGCCAGCAGCUCAGCAGCCAAGUGGUCAGCCGCUCUGCCCCACUGGAGCCCCCCCGGUCUCGCAGCACCCCAAGAUGGCAGGUGGGUGUAGCCUACAGGGAUGCAGGGACCCCUCUGGCCUCCAGCGUGGUGCCCCCCCUGGCUGGGAGAAGAGAGGGGCAGGGCUCUGCUCUGCGGCCGGCGAGGGGCGAGCGCUCCCAGUGGGAUCCCAACCCACAGCCAUAAAUGACAAAAGAAGGGACCCGCGGCUCCCGGACAGGAGCUCCGGGGCUUCCCACUGGCCCUGGAGAUGGCCGGGGG